CCAUCACCGUGCUCAGCCAAGAGCCAGCGCAGGCGCAGGGAGGGCCAGGCCGGGGGCACAGCUGGGGAGGGAAGAGACAAUCCUGCCUUACAACGGCUGAGAAAGCUUUGCAGCCCCGAACCGACGAGCAGCAACCACAGCCUAAGGAGAAUUGCUGAAACCUAAUUAGCAUCACUCAAUUACAGCACAAAAGGGCUCCAAGCUGCCGCUCGCCCACAGCACCCGUGGCUGUGCUGCCUGGGUGGCCCCACCGCCCCGGUCCAGCGGUCUUCUUGUCACAGGGCACCCCCCGAUCCCCCCCCCGAUCCCGUCUCCUCCGCACCGCCCCUGCACCGCCCGGUGCCGCCGAGGCGGGGACCGCCCGUCCUGGGGGCCCCGGCGGGAGCAGCCGUAGCAACAGGUCGGGUCGGAGCCGCAGCCGGAGCCGGAGCCGGAGCCGGAGCCGGAGCCGCAAUGGGAGAGGCUUUGCAGGAUCGCAGAGGAGCCGCCCUGCUGCCCAGGAGCUGCUGCAACCUCUGGGGAAUCACCAGCAGCCAUGCCGAGCUGGCUGGGUGCAAGAUGACCCUCACACCCAUGCCGGCAGCCAGCGUUGCCCAAGCUUUCUUUUGUCUCUUGCUGUGUGUCCCCUGGGGCAGCUCCUGCCCCCCAAGCUGCCAAUGCACAGAGCGAGCAGGGGCAAAGGCCGUCCUCUGCAGCUCUCGGCACUUGGAGGAGAUCCCCAAAGACAUCCCCAAAGAUGCAGUGUUCCUCAAGUUAGACGCCAACAGCAUCACCAGGAUCCCUAGCAAUGCCUUCAGGCACCUCUCCCACCUGGAGGAACUCGAUCUCUCCAGGAACGCCAUUGAGAAGAUCGACAGGGCAGCUUUCAAAGGGGUGGCUGCUGGGCUGCGUACCCUCGACCUCUCCAGCAACCGCAUCCGCAGCAUUCCCAAGGAGGCCUUGCUGGCACUUAAUGCGAAGCUCCGGCUGGCCAACAACCCCUGGCACUGCGAGUGUGCCUUGCAGGAGGUGCUGUGGGAGGCACGGCUGGACCCUGACUCCGUCCAGGACAUCACCUGCCACACGGCCCCACGCGAGGAGUAUGUGGGCAAACCGCUGCUCCAGGUUCUGGAUGCUGGUGUCAACUUCUGCAGCGUGCGUCAGAGGACCACGGACGUGGCCAUGUUCAUCACCAUGUUCGGCUGGUUUGCCAUGGUCAUCGUCUAUGUGAUCUGCUAUGUCCGGCACAAUCGAGAGGACACCUGCAAGCAUGUGGAUUACCUGAAGUCACUGCCGAGCACCCAGGGCCAUGCAGAGACCACCAGCACUGCCCUGUAGCGCAGGAUUGGGGUGCCCUGUUCCCAGCUUCUUUGCAGGGAGCCAGUGGCAACCUGGUGGGCUUCUAAGCUUCUCUAUGGGAUUUUCCAGUGCUUGCUCCAGUCCUGCAAAUGAGUGCCACUGACUUUGCCCCUCCCCAGCGAUGCUGGACUGAGUGUGAACAAAUGACAUGGGGUAGGGAUGCUGGGGACACCCCAUGCAGACCUGUCAAUGGAGCCCAGGUUCCCAGGGAGGAACACCCCCCACGCAGACCCCUUCUCCCCUGCCAGAGUUGGGCUCGCAGGGAAAGCAGCCCCAGCCACAUGCUUGCGAUCCAUGUGGUUUAAAGAGAACAAGCCCCUGGGGGGGGAGACAGACUGGGGGAGGGGGCUUUCAUAGGGCCUAGAGGUCCCUGGAGCCUGGGGUGCAGAGGGAUGGGUCACUCUGUGCAGUGGGGUCACCCUGUCCCGGCCCCAGUGAGGGACUGGCCUUGCAGAGAGCAGGACAUCAGCCCCCAGCUCCCGCGCAGCAUCUCAGCAGCCUCUGCCUGCCACCAGCAACCCAGGGGUGAGCGCCCAAACCUUUGAUUUCUCAAUAAAGCCUGCACAUAGGAAAA